GAGGCUCCAGCAGAGGCUGCAGCAGAGGCUGCAGCAGAGGUUCCAGCAGAGGCUGCAGCUUCUGCUGCAGCAGAGGCGCGGCGAUGCAGCAAACCUCCCUGAUCAUCAGUCAGUCUCUGCUCAGCAGGUCCAUCAGCUGAUUGGCUGAGAAAUGCUGAUUCACUCAGUUCCUAUUGAUUUAUGCUGAUCAUCCUGCAAGACAAAAAUAAAUGAGGUUUUAUUAAAACAUUCAGAGGGAGAAACAUGAGUUUCCAUUUAUUUUCUAAAUUUAGUUUUAUUUCCAGUGAAACUUUCUUACAUAUCCAUCAAUUUGUUACUUUUGUUAUUUAUUUAUUUGAUUAUAAAUAAAUAAUGCAUGUAUUUGUGUUAAACCAAUUCAUGCUCUGACGUAUUUGUUUAAUUUUAUUUUCCUUAUUUAAUUUUCUUUAGUUUUAUUUACUUAUUAAAUUUUCUUGCUCUUUUUCUUAUUAUAUUAAAAUAAAAUGUAUCCUCUCUUUUCUCUUAAUACUUCAUUUUCUUGCAUAUUUUUUUUGAUCUCUAAUUUUCUUUAAUUAUUAAGUUAUUCUUUAUUUUCUUGUGCAGUAAAUCUGUUAUUUUGUAACCAGAACAUUUUAAAACCGGAGGAUUCGGGUCCUGAAAACCGAUCAGUGAUUAAAAUGUUUUUGUUGAAGACGGGAUGUUUGUCUCUGGAGGAUUUGGGUUCUGCGGUUCCAACCACAGUAAAAUUAGGAAUCAGUUUCAGAACCAUUUCCUCUUCAGAACCGACCCGAUGGCUGCAGGUUUCUCGUCUUUAUGCUGUUUGUAACCUCAGGUUCUGCGCUACAUGGCGCUGAGGAACGGCAGCAACGCCACCAGCCUGGUUCUGCAGCGGGUCGGCGCCGCCAGGCCCGGCGGCCCGGUGAGGAGGCGGGGCGGCGUCCUGCAGCUGGCGGUCCAUCCGGUGCUGCGCCUCAGGACGAUGGUGCUCAUGUACGUGUGGUACUGCUGCAGCCUGGUGUAUUACGGCCUCACCCUGGGAGCCAGCGCCACGUCGGGGAGUCGCUUCGUUAACGUGGCCAUGUACGGCCUGGUGGAGCUGCCGGCCUACCCGCUCUGCAUCUAUUUCAUCAAUAAGAGCUGGUGAGAGCCGACACGCCUGCGGG